AUGUUUCCGGAUAAAGUAGAAUCACACGACGAGAACGAACAAGAUGCGGCGGAAACGGAAGACGAAGAAGAUGAGAAACCGGUCGUAGACGAACUCACUCAAUCCAUAAGCGACGACAUCGACGAAUGUUUGGAAUAUUUCGACAAAGACAAAAUGGGCGUUUUCGAUGCCGCGCACCUGGAAAAAGCUUUGAAAAGCCUCGGACUAUUUCUCACGCACACGGAAAUGAAAGAUUUGGAAUCGGAUUUGUCGAAAGACGGACAGAUCGAAUUUAAUGAUUUCAAACGGUUCGCGAUUGAAAGAAUAAAAGAUCUCGAUCCUUUCGAAGAUUUGAAAAAUUCAUUUCAAGUUUUCGAUCCCGACAACGAGGGAUUCAUACCGUCGGAUCGUUUGAAAAAAUGGAUGACGACGCUCGGGGAUCCCCCGCUCACGGAAAAAGAAGCCAAAGAAAUGGUCAAAAUGGGAGAUCCCAACAACAAGGGAUUCGUUAUGUACGAUUUUUUGGCCGCCGUUUUAUUACAAUGA